UCCAAUCCUCAGAAAGUUGCAAUAAGUGAAAAUCUAACCGGAAAUGAUCGCAGACGAUUCACAACUUUUCUAAGAUGACAUAGAAUGGGUUGGGUGGCGCUAGGGCGGCGUGCGGGUGGUGGCGGCCGCCUCGCACCAAUCCUCUCGCUGUCUCUCGCCUCCCUUGCAAGCUCUCUUGUCUUCACCACCUUCUGCAUUCUUGCCCUCGCCCUCACCCUUGCAAGCCUCGUCAGUGCUGAAGAUAUCUUCGAGGAGGGAAAGUCUGACAAGGAGAUUCUGGACAACCUGCUGCUGUCGACGCGGUACGACAAACGACUUCUGCCCCCGGUCCAAGAUGCGGAUUUCUGCUGCGGAAUGCGAUGGCCUGGUGACGCGGGCGAAGUGUCUAAUCGGUCAACAACCUUUUCCGACCCCAAUGAGAACAACAACCAGAACAAAAACCAGUACACGCAGCACGAACUCCAUCGCACUCACCUUCGCGGAACCUUGACAGUCAAUGUUAGUGUACUGCUCCUAAGUCUGGCAUCACCCGACGAGUCGAGCCUGAAAUACGAGGUGGAAUUUCUCCUGCAGCAGCAGUGGUACGAUCCACGAUUGCGUUACAGUAACAGAUCACGUUACGAAUUUCUGAACGCAAUCCACCACCAUAACGACAUUUGGCUCCCAGAUACGUACUUCAUCAUGCACGGAGACUUCAAGGAUCCUCUCAUUCCAGUCCAUUUUGCCCUGCGGAUCUAUCGCAAUGGCACCGUCAACUAUCUGAUGCGGCGGCAUCUAAUCCUGUCCUGCCAGGGUCGACUCAACAUUUUCCCUUUCGAUGACCCCUUAUGUUCAUUCGCUAUCGAGAGCAUAUCCUACGAGCAGACGGCUAUCACAUACGUUUGGAAAAACGACGAGGGUACGUUGCGUAAAAGUCCGAGUCUAACCACCUUGAAUGCAUACCUCAUUCAGAACCAGACAAUCACAUGUCCGAUCAAAGCUAGUUGGAGAGCAAACGGACAGCGGAUUGUUGACUACGAGGACGAGUUCGAUGAUUUUGGGGACUCAAAGUGCUCACUCUGUCAGCGCAGGUUUGAAGAACAAGGUAACUACAGCUGCUUGAAGGUGGACCUAAUUUUCACGAGAGAUAGGGCCUUCUACUUCACUACCGUAUUCAUCCCUGGGAUUAUCCUGGUGACGAGCUCCUUUAUCACAUUCUGGCUCGAGUGGAAUGCUGUCCCAGCUCGAGUCAUGAUCGGUGUAACGACGAUGCUCAAUUUCUUCACAACGUCGAACGGCUUCCGGUCAACACUUCCGGUCGUCUCGAAUUUGACUGCCAUGAACGUAUGGGACGGCGUUUGUAUGUGUUUCAUCUACGCGAGUCUUCUCGAGUUCGUGUGCGUAAAUUACGUAGGACGAAAGAGACCCCUGCAUAACGUCGUCUACCGCCCAGGCGAAAAUCCCGUCACCCAGCGGCUUCCAGCGGUGCUCAGCAGGAUAGGGAUUAUAUUGGCCAGCCCUUUGAAACGAGAGGGCAGCAAUUCAACCGGAGGUGGAACGGGAGCGAACGAGAUAGUCGCCUGUACAAAUUGCGGACCAAAUCCGUGCACACACACAGCUAACAAUGGAUGUGCGGCAGAGUACUGCUUUGUCCAGGUACGGAAGAAAGAACCACCGCAUCCAAUCAGGGUGGCAAAGACGAUAGAUGUAAUCGCGAGGAUCACAUUUCCAGCGGCUUACUUCGUGUUCUUAACAUUUUUCUUCAUACACUACAAAGGUGUUUCGUAAGCCACCGAAGUCUUCGAGGUUGCUUAAAGGACACUCAGGUCUCUAAGACCCGGCAAAUGAAUCCAGGCAGCUUCACGUAGUGCCACUGUUGAGGUUACAAAAACGAUAUUUUUUCGAAAAAUCACCUCAAGAUUCGCCGAGGAAGUCUUCGACAUAAUCGAACCAACAAAAAAUUGUAACCUCGAUGCCGAGUAUUAACUAAUUAAGGUAGAUGUAUUUUUGAAUGAAAUAAAAACAAGGUUCUCGCACGAUACGCGUCGGCAAAUAUCACCUUCAGAAGUGCAUUAUCAUCAGAUAUUAUUUGCGCGACCAGGGUGAGUACUGUGAAAAAUCACUCCGAACUUUGAAAAUUGUCUUAACCAUAACUAAAGUCGACAAACCCUUAAAAAUCUGUAAGGGUUUCCGUAAUAUAACUGAAAAUGUCCAAGGGUAUCUGGGUCAAGUACCUUAACUUCAACACAUACUGAAACUUAUAAAACUUAUUGAAAGAAACUGAAAUUGAUAGCAGCUUAUCUUUGAAAUAUUAUCUUUAAUUUAAGCCAAUCAAAUUUUUUAAAUCCUUACGGGUUCCCAAUAUAUGACUACAAGUUUUCAAGCGUGUUUGUGUCGAGUUUCUACCAACGAUCACCACUGACGGUCAGCUCAUCUGCGCAAAAUCAAGUUUCAGUCGUUUUGCGCAGGAAAGCUGACCAAUAGCGGUGAUCGCCGCCAGAAGCAGUGACUCAACCCAGACACGCUUGAACACUUUUAUUCAUAUCUCGGAAAUUCUUGGAUUUUUUUAUACUUCUGACGUGGUAUAUUUUCUGCAAAAGGUCAAAUAUAUCUCAACUAGGGAUCAUUUAACGCGAAUUUAGUAAGAUUUUUAACAGCAAAAAAAAAUUCUCUCGCCUUUUUUUUAAUGAUUAUUCACGUUCCAAAGUCGGCAGUGAUUUUUAAUUUCACACGUGGCAGUCGUACCGAUAACUUUUGUUUCUGAUGUAUGACCUUGCAAAAUAAAGUCACCACAAUCCUGUAUAGUAUUUCCUUUUGAUUUUGAAAUUUAAUUUCUAAUAGUGCACGAUAAAGAUUAAAUAUUGAGGAAAACUCAGCGGGAAAGUAUUGAGAGCCAGCGAAUCAUGCGACGCCUUGUAGCCUUAUAUGAUGAACCAUCUGAUUUGUAUAUGACGAUUAUAUGCUCGAUUAUUGAUAAUUAAUGCGUGAUAUUUGAUCCUCUUCUGUAUUCUGUGUCCUAAUGAUUAAAAAGUUAAAUUUAUGUAAAUAUCUUGUCUUUAAAAUCCACAGUCUGUCUUGCACAAAGCGGUGAAUGAGUUGUAACAUUUUGUUUAAAGAAUUGCUUCAUUUGAGCCAUACAGUUCCACAUAAAUAUAUAAUUUUAAUUAAUAAUUAAUUAGUAUCUUCGAAAAAUAAUCUUGAGUUAACAGAAUAGGCUUAGAAAAAUGGAUAGUCAGCCUGACCCUUUGUAAGGAAUUCUUCUUUUUUAAAUUUUCUAAAACGAUGACUUGGAAAUUCAUUUAUUCUGGCAACAAAUUUCUCAACCUUAACCUAAUUGCCAACUUUCUUAAAAAA